AUGACAGAGAGUAAACGGGAACCACUAUCAGAUUCCGAAGAAGUUGAACAGGUUACUGCUAAAAAAAGAAAGCUUCAACCGGAAAAUGGUCCUGGCAAUGAUGCCUGGGUCCCACCGUCGAUAACUAGCAUAGACAACCCGUUGAACUUCGAUUCUUCAACAUACCACUCGCGUAUUCCACGAGAAAUAGAGGCAGAUAUGACUGCUCCUGUGGUGCUUGGGGUUGAUGAGGCCGGUAGAGGACCUGUGUUGGGCCCCAUGGUGUAUGGAAUUGCAUAUUCGCUCGAAUCGUACCUGAAGGACUUGCAAACGAAAUACGGGUUUGCCGAUUCCAAGACACUUAAAGACGACAAAAGACGCCAGUUGUUCCAGAUGAUUGAAAACGAAGCCCAUGAAUUGCACGGACAUGUUGGAUGGGCCACCACUACCAUGACGGCGAAAGACAUCUCGAGUGGUAUGCUCCAGACAGUGUUGGGCAAAGGGUCGUACAAUUUGAACGAACAGGCACAUGAUACCACCAUUGAAUUGAUCAAACAGGUGAUAGCAAAGGGUGUCAACGUUACUAAGGUGUUUGUCGAUACAGUCGGUCCCCCAACUACGUAUCAGGCCAAAUUGCUGAAGAUCUUCCCAACCGUCGCUAUCACCGUCGCCAAAAAGGCCGAUAGCAUCUAUCCUAUCGUCAGUACCGCGUCCGUCGUGGCUAAAGUUACCCGUGAUAUUAACCUACACUACUACAAUACCCAUUUGCCUCUUUUGCACCACCAUGUUUUAGGCUCGGGCUAUCCUUCCGACCCCAACACUAGCAAAUGGCUCCACGCCAACGUCGACCGGGUGUUUGGUUGGUGCUUCGGCCUAGUUCGUUUCUCGUGGCAAACUGCCAAAGACAGCUUAGAGAAACAUAAUGCUACUCCUGUCGUCUACGAGGCCCAAUGCAUCAAGGAGGACUCUGGUUACCACGACGUAGGAGACUUCUUCCUGGUUUCCGACACCCCGGCCACCAACUCUGGCACCAAUUGUGGGCCCAAUUCGUCAGGCCCUUCGCUCACAAUCGACUCGCUGUUCUACGGCUCUACAAACGUUCUGCUCUAG